AUGGAGGCUAUUAUAGGGCCAAUCAUUGAACUUCUAAAAUGCAAAGGGCCGGCGUUAUGCAAAUAUGUUCAAUAUUAUACGAAGCUUCAUGGGAAUAUGAAAAUUCUGAAAAGAAGAUUGGGAGAGUUAAAUAGUCGAAAGGAAGAUGUUGAACUAAGGUUGAGCAUGGAGUGUAAUAUGGGGAAAUUACCUAAAGCUAAAGUCAAUAAUUGGUUGCAAAAUACUAAGAGGAUCAAUGAGGAAGCAAAAGAUAUUGAGAGACAAGUUAAUAAGGUGGAAUACUUCUCACGUGGACAUUUAGGAAAGCUUGUUGACGAGAAAAUUAAAGAAGUGAAAGACCAUCACCAGAAUGGUGCAUUUGAGAGUUUGGUUAUUGAUGCACCUCAAACUGUUGGACUGGUACUACCAACAACAACAUUAGUAGGUGAAACAACGGCGAAGAAAAACAUGAACGAAAUUUGGGAACUUUUAAUGGGUGAUGAGGUGAUGAAGAUAGGAGUUUGCGGGAUGGGGAGAAUCGGUAAAACAACUAUAAUAACUCAUAUCAAUAACAAACUCCUCAAGGAGAUGAAUAAGUUCGAGAAGGUGAUUUGGGUAACUGUAUCUCAACCACUUGAUCUUUUGAAAUUGCAAGAUCAAAUUGCAGCUGCAUUGAAAGAAAAUCUUCCCAGAAAUGAAGAUAAAAGGAUACGGGCCGGAAACUUAUUGAAAAUGUUGGAAGGAAGGAAAAUUGUGUUGUUAUUAGAUGAUAUGUGGGAAGCAUUUAAGCUUGAGGAAGUGGGAAUUCCUGAACCUACAAAAGAUAGUGGAUGCAAAUUAGUGAUAACAACUCGUUCACAAGAUGUAUGUCGUUCUAUGGGUUGUAAAAUAGUCAAAGUGAGGUGUCUCUCAGAUGAUGAGGCAUUGACGUUAUUCAUUGAUAAAGUGGAACUUAAUAUUUUUGAAGUUCCAGCUUUAAAAGACAUUGUGAAACUUGUGGUCGAACAAUGUGCUCGUUUACCCCUUGCAAUUGUCACAGUAGCUUGUUGCAUGAGGAGAGAAUAUGACAUUUGUGAAUGGAGGAAUGCACUCGAAGAAUUGUCUAAAAGCAUACAAAGUGUCAAAGGCAUGGAAACAAAUGUACUGGGGCAAUUACAGUUCAGUUAUGAUCGCUUGAAGAGUAAAAAGGUGCAACAUUGUUUCUUAUAUUGUGCACUAUAUCCCAAAUACUUCAAAAUCCUGAAAGAGGAGCUAAUAGUGUAUUGGAUUGCAGAAGGACUAGUAGAUGAAAGAGCUAGUAUGCAAGCAACAUACGAUGGGGCUUAUUCUAUAUUGAAUAGACUUGUAAACAAUUGCUUGUUGGAGACUAUUGAUGAUGGAAGGUGUGUGAAGAUGCAUGAUCUUUUUAGAGAAAUGGCAUUGGACAUUACAAGCAUGAGUCCUUUAUUCAUGGUAAAAGCUGGAGAGAAAUUGCAAGAAUUCCCAAUGGAACGAGAAUGGAAAGAGAAUCUUGAAAAGGCUUCAUUAAUGAGGAAUAACAUAUCAGAAAUUCCUCCAAAUAUGUCACCAAAUUGUCAAGCUCUUUCAACUUUGCUUCUACAAGAAAAUGUUUUUUUAAAAAAUAUUCCUGAAUCUUUUUUUAUAAGGAUGCAAGGGUUGAAUAUUCUCAAUCUUUCCUACACCAUAAUCAAGAAGUUGCCAGAUUCUAUCUCUCACUUGACGAAUCUUACAGCAUUGUUACUUCAAUAUUGCGAGCAUAUAAAGCAUGUUCCUUGUUUAGCAAAACUGGUGUGUCUUCGGAAUUUGGACCUUGAGGGAACUCAGAUAACAGAAGUCCCUGAAGGUAUGGAGAUGCUGCAAAAGAUUAGAUACCUUAAUCUUUUUUCAGUGUAUCUAGAAAAGUUACCAGUUGGGAUGCUAUCUAAACUAAAUUGUGUCCAAAAAUUGAGAGUGUAUUGGGGAUCCAAAACUUCAGAAGAAAUGGUUGAGGAGGCAUCAAAAUUGAGUGAAUUAGAUAUUUUAGAAGCGUGCUUUAGAAAAAUAGAAGACUUUAAGAUAUAUGUCAAAUCUUUAGGAAGUGGAGGUCCUACACUUAGAAAAUACAGUCUUACAGUAGGAUUACCAUCAUCAGAAAUUAAAAUAAUACAAGACCAGUUGUAUUCGUGUUAUUCAUUUUGGCCCCCUGUCAAAGAAGUUGAUAGAUUUGUGGAGUUUAAUGUUAACUUUGUUGCGCCCCCAAAAGAUUUACAGUGUCUAACUCUGAAUUACUGCAAUACUGUAACAAGCUUAAGUGAUGUUCUGUGUAACGAAGGAGAUUAUUCAGAUCUUAAAGCUGUCCACCUACGUUAUUGUAAAAAUUUAAAGAAGUUGUUGUCAGCUAAGUUGUUGCGGGCCUUGCCAAACCUAGAAGUGAUUGAAGUUUCUAGUUGUAAUGAAAUUGAGGAGAUAAUAAGAUUAGAUGUUGAUGAAGAAAAAAGUGAGGAAGAUGGAAGGAGUAAUACCACACUAACUCUUCCUAAAUUGAAAAUAUUGAGAUUGUGUUAUCUUUUUGAAUUGAAGAGGAUAUGUAGUAGUAAUGGAGUAAUGGUUUGUGAUUCUCUCGAACAAAUUGAAGUACUCGUUUGCCCAAAACUGAAGAGGCUCCCUCUGUCUCUUCCCCUACCUGCAAUUAAAGAAAUCAAGGGAGAAGAAGAAUGGUGA